CGCCCAGUCUGUUCCGGGCCCUCCUUGCUGCAUCCACUCCGACUCGGUGUCCUCCUGCCUUGGAGAAGAAAAGCAGACCUGAGGACAUCCUGUGACCAGACCAGAAACCUCCCACCUGUCCAGCUCCUUCCCCAGAUGGACAUGGGGUCCAGCUCCUGGCCCCUUCUGGUACUAAACCUACUGCUGCUUCUACUGGCACUGCCACUUGAAGGCCAGGACAACUUAAGAUGCCAUGGGAUCCCUGGGAUACCGGGCCUGCCUGGGGCCCCCGGGAAGGAUGGGCAUGAUGGACUGCCAGGGCCCAAGGGUGAGCCAGGAAUCCCAGCUAUCCCUGGGACACGUGGACCCAAGGGUGAGAAGGGAGAUCCCGGCAAACCUGGCCUUCCUGGAAAAAAUGGUCCCAUGGGAACCCCUGGGAUUCCAGGGACUCCCGGAGUCAUGGGACCCCGUGGGGAGCCGGGUGAGGAGGGAAGAUAUAAGCAGAAGCACCAGUCAGUGUUCUCCGUCACACGGCAGACGGCCCAGUACCCAGCGGCCAACAGCUUGGUCAAGUUCAACAACGUCAUCACCAACCCGCAGGGGGAUUAUGACAUCAACACUGGCAAGUUCACCUGCAAAGUCCCCGGCCUCUACUACUUUGUCUACUACACAUCACACACGGCCAACCUGUGUAUGCUGCUCUACCGCAACGGCUUCAAGGUGAUCACCUUCUGUGACCACAUGUCUAAUAGCAAGCAGGUCAGCUCGGGCGGUGUGCUGUUGCGGCUGCAGGAGGGCGAGCAGGUGUGGCUGGGAGUCAACGACUACAAUGGCCUGGUGGGCAUGGAGGGCUCCGACAGCAUCUUCUCCGGCUUCUUGCUCUUCCCUAACUAGGGCGGGCAGGCCUGCUCCCACCCUGGGGCCACCCCACCUCCCUCAGCUUUCCCGCAAGAGCCUGCUGUGCCACAUCCUUGCUCAGGCCAUUCUCGCCACUGGAUGGACUCCUCCUCCAGGAAGCCCACCCUGCCAUCCUACCCCAUGAGUUCUCGCCCUCCUCUGAACUCCUUCAGUAGUCACUGCUUUGAUACUUAACCGACACUUUCUGGUACUGUCAUUAGUUUCUUUCCAAGUCUUGGAAGAGGCAGGGAGAUUCAUAAAUAAAUCAGUCAACAAAUAACA